GCGUCCCCGCCGCCCAAUAGCAGGAGCGGGACCGGUGAGGGAGGCGGGCGGAUCCCUGAGGCGGAGCGGGAGGGGAGGGCCCGGCGCCCCCUCAGCUGAGCGCGGGCCCCGCGGACCGGGGGAUGCGCCGGGAUCUGCGGUUGUUACUGACAGCAAAGCACUUCCUCUCAAAGCUGUUUAAAUGAGAAUGUCCCUGGCGCAAAGAGUGCUGCUGACAUGGCUUUUUACGUUACUCUUCCUCAUCAUGCUGGUGCUGAAGUUGGAUGAGAAAGCGCCGUGGAACUGGUUCCUUAUUUUUAUUCCAGUGUGGAUAUUUGAUACAAUUCUUCUAGUUAUGCUAAUUGUAAAAAUGGCUGGACGGUGCAAGUCUGGCUUUGACCCUCGCAAUGGCUCCCAGAACAUGAAGAAGAAAGUCUGGUACCUCAUUGCAAUGCUGCUGAAAUUGGCCUUCUGCCUGGCCCUGUGUGCGAAGCUGCAGCGAUUCACCACCAUGAAACUGGCCUAUGUGUUCAUCCCGCUCUGGGCCUUGCUGAUCGGGGGCAUGGUUGAGCUUGGAUAUAAUAUCUUCUAUGUACGAAGAGACUAAGCUAUGCCAAGCGGUUUCCAGCGCCAAGAUUGGCACCAAAUUACUAGAUUAUUACCAUUUUGCCACAAAUUUGAUCUUCAAACUAGAAAGUCAAAUGAGUCAAGCUGGAGACUUGAGCUAAAGCAAGCUGAAGACUGAAAGUAGACUUGUUUCAUUUUUUUAUUUUAAAACUCACAUAUGCUCUUGUAAAUAAAAGUAUUUGUUCAACAUAA